AUGGAGUCACGUGACAGUUUCCGAGUGAAAGCGGCGGUGGUUCAUGAAAGCUCCGGUUUUCAGCCAAAUGGGCAAGCCCCAAUAUCUUCUACAGACAAAGGAUUUACGAGUGGCGGUGGCAUUGAUGUAGCAACUUUUACACCUCCAAGGAAGCUAACAACACAUGAGAUUCCUCGAAUUGUUGAUGAUUUCAGAGUUGCUGCAAGAAAUGCUAUUGAAGCUGGUUUUGAUGGAGUUGAGAUUCAUGGGGCUCAUGGCUAUCUAAUCGACCAAUUUAUGAAAGAUGGAGUAAAUGACAGAACAGAUGAGUAUGGUGGUUCUCUUGAGAACCGUUGCAGAUUUGCUUUAGAAGUAGCUGAUGUUGUUGUGAAGGAGAUCGGAGCGGAUAAAGUUGGUAUACGAUUAUCGCCAUUUGUAGACUGCAUACAGUCGGGUGACUCAAAUCCAGAAGAAUUAGGUCUUUACAUGGCUGAAUCUUUGAAUAAGUAUAAGAUUCUUUAUUGCCAUAUGGUGGAGCCAAGGAUGAAAUAUCUAGCCAUCUUGGAUAAAGGGAUGGAGUUGUUUCCCUUAAUCAUCUCGCGUGCGAAAACGCUUCAAGUCAUCACUUCUGGUGUUAAUGACACGCCGAAUGCUUCCCUACAGCUGAUGUAUGCUGAACUGCAAAUGCUGUCCCCACUUGUGCCGACUAGAGAAAUUUAUUUCCUUCGUUAUUGUGCGCGAAAUUCAGCCGAUGGAAGUUGGGCAAUCGUUGAUUUCCCGCUAGACAGCUUUCACGAGACAUUCCAGCCAUCACUUAUAGAACAGGAUGAUGGUGAUAAAAGUAUUGAUAGUAUUUCUUAUGGUGCAUUAUUUAAUCCAUACAAGUCUAAUCUUCAACGUGAAUUUAGUGAAGAGGAUCAGAAGUUUGAGACUCAAAGGAAGAGAUCCAAGAUACUCUCUGAAUGGAAAUGGAGUAAGGUUAUUAAUUUAGAUGAUUCUGAGGACAAGGACAAAGAAGAGGACUAG